CUUGCAUUGUCUUUGUCUUGUUCUUUUUGGUUUACUACCAAAAUGUAUUAAAUUGUUUUAAAUUCGACUACCUUUUCCAAUAAGAAUAUAUUUAUACAAAAAUCUUAAUAUGUCAAGCGAUUGUACUGAAUAUAUUAUUAAAAUAUCUUCGCCCUGAAUACGCAGGAUAGCAAUACGGAAUGAUGGGAUCUAGCCAAGAUUGGGGUCGCAUUGAAAAUGACGUUGGUGUUUUUACACAACUGAUAAAACAGUUAGGUGUAAAAGGAGUACAAGUAGAGGGAUUGUGGACACUCGACAAUGGCAUAUUUGAUAAUUUAAGGCCAGUUCAUGGACUCAUAUUCCUAUUUAAGUACUUACAAUAUGAAGAGCCGACUGGUCGUGUGGUUACGGACAAUCGUUUAAACAACAUAUAUUUUGCUAAACAGUUAAUAAGAAAUGCGUGUUCCACACAAAUUAUUAUUAGUUUGUUGCUGAACUGUGCACACCCUGAUGUGGAUAUUGGUCCAGAACUCACAAAACUAAAGGAAUUCAGUAUGCCAUUGGACCCAACAAUGCGGGGUUUAUCACUCGGCAAUACUUCAAGUAUUCGGACGGCUCAUAAUUCUAUGGCACAACAAGUAAUGUAUGGGGUGAAUCGUAAAACUGCUUCAAAGAGCGGUAGCCCAUAUCACUUUGUAGGCUAUAUACCAAUUGAUGGGCGAUUGUAUGAACUGGAUGGUCUCCGAGCAGGACCUAUUGAUCAUGGUCCCGUACGUCCAGGACAAGACUGGCUUGAUGUUGUCACACCCAUCAUUAAGAAGAGGAUCAAUGUAUAUAUUGAAGGAGAAAUACGCUUCAAUCUGAUGGCUUUAGUCUCAAAUAGGAAGAUGGUAUAUGAGCGUCGUCUUGACCAGCUUUUGUCUGAUACAUUUGAUGGCACAAACUCUGAUGCAGUAGUCACUGACAUACCCAAUCUCAGAAUGUUAAUAGAAUAUGAAAAUGUAAAGAUGGCGCGCUAUCAGCAAGAGAUGAUUCGCAGACGUCACGAUUAUUUGACAUUUAUUGUAUUUAUUCUUAAGAUUUUAGCAGAACAAAAUUUGCUGGUACGGUUAUAUGAGGAAGCUAAGGUACGUGUAGCUCAGAAGGGUAAGAAGAAAAUAUAACAUAAAGUCGCUGGCGGAUUGAAGGCAGAACGCGUGCGAGGACCUCGCCGCGUCUCCCAGUCCAGCCCCUCACGUGUGUUGCGUGCAUCUGAAGAUAUGCAAUAUACAUUAGCUGAUUUAGAUUCAGUGUACCGUGAAACCGAUGACAUACAACCAAGCUUCAACCUAGAUUAUAUGGAAAUAACUCCACUGGAGUUCCCCACAAAUCCACAUAACACAUUUGUACCACCCCAACUGAGUACCUGUCAGGAAAUUAAUGAUGAUGUAGUAUCAGAAAUUGGAGAAGUGUUGAUAGAUGACACUAUUGAACCUCAAAAUAUUCUUGGUGAUGAUGAUGAUCCAGGUACUCCAGAUUUGCAAAUAGACGAAUCAUUUUUUGAUUUGCAGGAUUCUACACUUGAUCGUAUGGAAGAAUAAUAUUCUGUUUUAAACUAGCCAUAACGAACCUUUGUAACCAAUAACUUGCUGUUGUAAAGAUAUUGAGUCUUAUCUUAGUGUUUAAUGUAAUAAUAUUAUUAAAUGGUAAAUAAAUUCCGUCUCUUACUGUAAUGUAAGAAUAUAAAUGAGCAAUAAUAUUGAAUGUGUUAUUGCAAAUUAGAGUCUGUGUUUCUAACAUAUCCUUGUCUUACAGACUUACCUCUAUGCUCUCUACAUGUGUUAUACCAUUAUGAUUAUACUGUUUGAGAUAAUAUUGAUUAAAGGCUGAUUAUGUAAAUUAUAUUUUACUUAUUUAAAUACCACUGUUUAAGGUCGCAAUGUGAUUUAAAAUUAAUUAAAAGUAUAUUAUAAAAUAGGUUAAUAAGUGUGUAAUUUACAUGUUAUCAUUACUGAUUGUAUCAAACAAUUAAAGAAGUCCCUAUGUGUUGUAAUAAAAUGCAGAAGGUAAAUCAUAAGUACUUUUAUGCUCUUUGAUAUUAACUGUAUUCUUUCAAUAUCAGUGUAUAAUAUUGAUAUUAGUGGAUAUGUUCAAUAGUAGGUACUAUAAAUACAGUAUUGUUGAA